AUGAUCAACGCCGUUCUCGUCUUCAAUAAUGCUGGUCAACCUCGUUUAACCAAAUUCUACACCCAGCUGGUAGGUUUCCCUCAUUGGCCCACCAUAAUAGCAUAUACUCUAACGCAAAACUCCAGGAAACUUCAGUUCAGCAAAGAUUGAUUUCCGAAAUCUUCACCCUCGUUUCUAAUCGUCCUGCUGGAUCUUGCAACUUCCUGCCUCUUCCUCCUCUGCUUGCCAGCUCCGGCACUUCCCACACCUCUUCCACCACCCACAAUGACACACCGUCGCUCGUAACCUAUCGACAUUAUGCUACCCUCUACUUCAUUAUAAUUUCUACCUCUACCGAAUCCCCGCUCGCGCUCAUCGAUCUCAUACAAGUAUACGUUGAAGCUCUAGAUCGUCUCUUCGAGAAUGUCUGCGAACUAGAUCUUAUUUUCAAUUUUGAGACGCUGCAUACAACGCUGAGUGAGAUGGUGGUAGGUGGUGUGGUAAUAGAGACACAAUUGGAACGUGUGGUUGAGGGAGUUAGGGCUCAGGGUAAGGUUGCAAAGAGGCCUGUGAACGAAGGGAGGAGUGGUAGUGGCUUGGGUAUAGGUAUGGGGGGCAACUUUGCAUGGGCAGGCAGAUGAGGGAAGAAAUCGUGGGAGAACCGCAGAAUUCAUCAUGCUAGUUAUCUGUGGCUGAAAAGUUCCAUCUUCUGUUUAAUAGAUUCUCAUGAUGAGGAUUCCACGGUGUUGGGGUUGUGAGUGGGUUUGGAAAUUCGAAACAUAACGGCUGGCAUGGAGUUCUAACUUUGGAGUGGGGUGCCAUCCGAGUUUACGAUAUCAUCGGUUAAGGUGCCUCGAUGCUGAUGCCAUAGUUGCACUGGGAGUUUCUAAUGGAGUAUCGGUAACGCCAUUGGGUUUGGCAAGUUUAGACGCUGCGUGGACCAGAUUACCGGUAACAAAAAUUAGAACAUGGGGUCGUGGGCAGGAAACAGGGCACCGAUAUACUCAGCACCCGUAUGCAUACGUUACUUAAGAUCGGUGGCGAUUUGGGGAAGCCUCAAGCACGCCACUUUCACAAGAACGCCUUUCUUCUACAAGCUUCUGAUCAAUUAUUGCGAAGCAUUCAUCAAUCAGAUUCCGCAGCAAAGUCGGUGAAGUCAGCUACUGGAUAUUUUGGUAAUGUGCUACACCCAAGUACACACCACGGCAUUGCGAGGGGAUAUCUUUGGUUAUCAGACAAUAAGAAAUGAAUUUUCGGUGAUACCUCGUAUUAGAAAAGAUGGUCGUAAGGAUUACUUUAUGACAGACUCGCUUGGUUAGCGAACCGAAAUAAUGGAAGACUUCUUUUCUAGAAUACUUUCAUAAAACACGUAAGCUGUAAUCGCGGCCACGCUCAAAAUGUCCUGUGGUAUCUUGGCAGUUGAACCCUUGGUCGUUACCGAGCGUUAUUGAGUUGAUCAAAGGUACUUUAUUGAAAUAAAUUCAUCCUGGCCCGGUACUGAAAUUGGAAUUAAGGUAGUAAGCAUUUAUUCUGCUUCCAAUCGGACUUGCCCUGUGGUUUAUAAAUAAGCCACUAGAUAUAGGGGCUCAAAAGCUGUUGUUGAAUAUAUCGUAGCUCUUGGUAGACACCGAUAGCGACUAUCGCAUAUACAUGAGAUAGGUAUAAUGUGAGGGAAGCUCAAAUAUUCUCGGAAACUAGACUCGAUUCAAGGGUUCGGUGUACAAGCUCUUUCAUUAGAUCUGUUAUACCGAGUAAGGCAUCCAGGAUAGAUUUUAUCGAAAGGGGCAUUUGAAAUCAUUCUCUAAUUUCCAGAAGGGGUAUCUUUGACUUCCCUAAGUUUUAACCGUGAGAAGUAAUAAAGUUGAGCGUGGAAUAGGGCUAGGCUGACUUGACUGUAUCAUGCUCAUAUACUCUACCGAUUUACGUGAAGGCAUAUUCUCAUACUUGAUUGAAUGAAUUGCUCAGGAGGUACCCCCCCUUUCUCAUCACCGAUAUCUUC